GGCUCCGGCUCCGGUGCCCAUGGCGGGGGUCGGCGCCAAGCGGGGACCCCCCGAGGCCGGGGGGGGCCCCCCCGAGAAGAGACCCCCCCGCGAGGAGCAGCCGCCGACCACGCUGAUCGAGCCCCUGCGCCUGGGGGGCAUCUCCUCCACGGAGGAGAUGGACGUCAAGGUGCUGCAGUUCCGGAACAAGAAGCUGGCCGAGCGGCUGGAGCAGCGCCAGGCGUGCGAGGACGAGCUGCGCGAGCGCAUCGAGAAGCUCGAGAAGCGCCAGGCCACCGACGACGCCACUCUGCACCUGGUGAACCGCUUCUGGGCACAGGUGAGGGGCACACCUGGGUGCACCUGGGCACACCUGGGACAGGUAAAAGGGAAAAAAAUGGGGUUAAAACCACCAAAAAUGGGGUUAUGGGCAUUGAACAUGUCCCUGGGCACACCUGGGAUGGGGUUAUGGGCACCCUGCACCUGGUCAGCCGCUUCUGGGCACAGGUGAGGGGCACA